AUGGCUUCAAAUUCCAGCAGCAGCUACCCCAUCAAAACGAUCGUCGUUUUGGUUCAAGAAAACCGUUCCUUAGACCACAUGCUGGGUUGGAUGAAGUCCCUCAACCCGGAGAUCAACGGAGUCACCGGUUCAGAAUCAAACCCGGUUUCCACAUCCGAUCCAAACUCGAACCGGGUUCAAUUCGGGAACCAAUCGGUCUACGUGGACCCGGAUCCGGGUCACUCGAUACAAGACAUCUACGAGCAAAUCUUCGGCGAGCCUUGGAGCGAAGCCUCGGCGGCGAAGAAGUUGCCGGCGGCAAUGCAAGGCUUCGCUCAGAACGCGGCUCGGCAACAGUUGCCGAAGAAUGCAACUGCGACGAUGACGGAAACGGUGAUGAACGGGUUCAAACCCGAACUGGUACCGGUUUACAAAGAGUUAGUUAAAGAGUUUGCGGUAUGUGACCGUUGGUUUGCUUCGGUUCCGGCGUCGACCCAACCGAACCGGCUUUAUGUGCAUUCUGCGACGUCGCAUGGGUUAAGCAGUAACGACACUAACAAGCUUGUUGGAGGAUUGCCUCAAAAGACCAUUUUCGAUUCUUUGCAUGAAAAUGGGUUCAGCUUUGGGAUCUAUUAUCAGUCUCCACCUGCCACCCUUUUCUACAGGAAUCUGAGGAAACUGAAAUACUUAGACAAGUUUCAUCCAUUCGGCUUAUCGUUCAAGAAGGAUUGUAAAGAAGGAAAAUUACCCAACUAUGUGGUGAUUGAGCAAAGGUUUUUCGACCUGAUAGGAGCACCAGCGAAUGAUGAUCACCCAUCUCACGAUGUUUCAGAAGGCCAAAAGUUUGUGAAAGAAGUGUAUGAAGCACUGAGGGGUAGCCCACAAUGGAAUGAAAUGAUGUUUGUGAUCAUAUAUGAUGAACAUGGAGGGUUCUUUGAUCAUGUUCCAACCCCUGUGGAUGGAGUCCCUAGCCCUGAUGACCUUGUGGGUCCUCAACCAUUCUUCUUUAAGUUCGAUCGACUUGGUGUUAGGGUCCCUUCCAUCAUUAUUUCUCCAUGGAUUCAGCCAGGCACAGUGUUGCACGGACCCUCAGGACCAUUCCCAACAUCGCAAUAUGAACAUUCAUCAAUACCAGCAACUGUGAAGAAGAUAUUCAAUCUGCCUCAGUUUUUGACAAAGCGUGAUGAAUGGGCUGGAACACUUGAAGGCCUUUUAACUCGAACCACCCCACGAACCGAUUGUCCAGAGAAAUUGCCUGAACCUGUCAAAUUACGAGAAGCUCCUGCACAAGAACAGGCCAAGUUGAGUGAAUUUCAAGAAGAAUUGGUACAAAUGGCAGCAACUCUAAAUGGGGAUCAUAGAAAGAGUUCAUACCCAGACAAGUUAACUGAAAACAUGAGUGUUGAGGAUGCAGCUAAAUACGUUGAAGGUGCAUUCGACACAUUCUUGAAAGAGUGUGAGAAAGCAAAGCAAAAUGGGGCUGAUGAAUCUGAAAUCGUGGAUUGUGCUAAUGGAAGUGCACCACCCAAUUCCAAAAAUUUCUUUCAAAAUGUAUUGUCUUGUAUAACAUGUAAUCGAUAA